AAGGAAUAAAUGUUAAAAAGGCUUGCCAUAGACAAAGCAGAGCUCUCAGCUUUUUUUCCCAAUUCAAUUAACCUGUGACGCUGACCCGGUGAGGCGCGAGGGCGCUGCGCGGUCCACCACUCUGAUUUUACGCGCAAGCGUUGAUUUAUCUGUCUGUUAACACGGUCGAACAUGCGCGCGCCGUGCUGUGCGCGAGGUCUACAUGACGUGAGAAGAGCAGGAUAUUCCUCCAGGACAGUUUGAGGGUUACUUCUGCACCUGAAUGCGACCAGAGAGUGGGAACUCGACGGGAAAGAUCGCGCAGGUGUUCAGCAGCCCGAACCUCGCGAAGAAUGCAACUUCUCACCUGCUCAUAAGGUCCUGCUGGCUUAUGAAUGGGACUGUGCUGUGGCCACCGCUGCUUUCUGUGCUUCAGUCAGGACUAUGUGCUGCCCAUGUGCCACUCUGAAUGCAUUGGCCAGCUGUUUGCGAGAGCAGGGAGGGUGGGGCGGCCCACCGGGGGCGAGGCGGAAACAGGGCGAUGCCCCCUUCGUUCCGGAUCGCGGUGCUGGGAGCUCAGGGGGUGGGCAAGACGGCCAUUGUGAAGCGCUUUCUUCACGAUGACUACAGUGAUGUGGCGGUGUCCAGUAAGACACGGCGGGUGCAUCUCUCUGCCGCAGUGCUCAAUGGUCAUGUGCAUGACCUUCAGAUCACAGAUUAUCCAGCCAUCAGCAGCUUUCCUGGCAGCUCUCUGCAGGAAUGGUCAGAUGUUUGCUGUCGAGGCAUUCGGAGCGCUCAUGUCUACAUUCUGGUUUAUGACAUCUGCUGUUUUGACAGCUUCGAGUAUGUCAAGACCAUGCGGCAGCAGAUCUUAGAGACCAGAGUCACAGGCACCGGGGAGACGCCUAUUCUAAUAGUCGGCAACAAGCGUGAUCUACAGCGAGGUCGAGUCAUCCCCCGACACAGCGUAUCUGACUUAGUCCGAAAAAACUGGAAGUGUGGAUAUGUGGAGUGCUCUGCCAAGUUCAACUGGCACGUUUUACUGUUGUUCGGAGAGGCUCUCCGCAGCAUGGGUUGUGCCCGCUGCAAGCACGUCCAUGCCACCAUCCGUUUCCAGCGGGCGCUCAGGAGAGAGCGAUGCGUCCUAAUGUGAAGACUUCUGCGAUGGCCAUUGUAAAGCGAUUUAUGGUAUAUGUCUGGUGAUGGACGCUCGUUAUUGUUUGGACAGCUGGAAGAGCUGCGAUAACCCUCUUGCCAAGGAACUUAACAUUUGGGAUUUUAACUACAGACAAACAGAUGUGGUCUUAAAACAGGAAGUCCCUGUUGCUUCAUUACCUAAGCCUUCAAACUGAUGUCUCUCCUAUUGGACUGAGAGAACACAACCAACAUCUCUGCCUUCUGUCUUAGAAAUCCAAACUGCCAAAAAGCUGGUGGAAGGCGACAAAAAUCAACUUUAGUAUUACAUUAAUAAUACACUUCCUGUCAUUGCUUACAUUCCGGCCAGGACAAAACAUGGGACGCUCCUCUAUGCUUAUGAGUAAAGUUAGGUAUUGUUUGAAUUUUAGCGAUUCCAAUUCCGAUUCUGCUUAUCGAUUUCGAUUCCCAGUUUCAAUUCCAAUAUGGUAAAAAAGGUAAACAUUUAGAUACCAAACAUAUUUAUUCUGUCUUUUUGCAAAACAUUCUGUCACAGUUGAAUAACAAGAACAAAAAUCAGCAGCCUAAAGAGCAACUAACUAAUAAACUAGACUAACUAAUAUACAUUUAAAAAAUUGAUGAAGACAGUCAGUAAUACAAUAACAAUAAGCAAGCUAGUAAUAGCUCAAAUAAAUACAACUGAUCACAUUUAGAAUAACACUGUAUAUUUUUCUUUUUAUAAAUGAAAUGAAGAGUUAAUUUGCAAAAACCUAUAACUCUGUACCUAUAACCAUUUUUAAAAUUCUCACAAAUCAUGUUUUUUUAAUGUGCAUUCCAAGUAAUAUCAUCAAACUGCAGUUUAGUUGUUUUGAUUAAGUAAUAAUAACUACAAAAAAUACAGGUAACUUACAAAAUUAAAGUUAAUUGAAAUUAUGUUUUAUAUAUAUAUAUAUAUAUAUAUAUAUAUAUAUAUAUAUAU